AGACAAGUUAGUUACACAACGAGUUGAUGGCAAUACGUGCCACUUUGAUCGUGACAUCGCAUGGAUUUCAAUAAUUCCAAGAAUUCGAAAAGAUGAAAAUGUCGGCCUUUCCUGCUUUCAUUUGUCCCUGUCGUCGUGUUGUCCUUGCUGCCCUCGUUGUGCCAUUUGCUCAAGUUUUUUCUGUGAGAGACUCGUCUUCUUCACGUCCACCGAGGUGCUAUGUUCCCUCACCUGUGACAACUCUACCUCACCCCAGAAGCCGUGUCGAAAGCAGCAAUGCAGAUGCCAACUAUCCCGAGCCCCCGGCUGAUGAAAUCACUUGGAUAUUAGAUGAGGACGGGGAUAACUACGCGAAUGCUAACGAAGUUACCGAUGAUCUCCAGUCGUUCGAUUGGCGUUUUGUCGGAACGUCCGGCGGGACGAACAAGAAGAACAAAAACAACUUCAACCUCCGCAACCUUAUCGAAGACGUGAAAGUGUCGCAACUGAACCCCGCACCUUCUGCGACAUGCUGGGUUAUCGCCGCCGCAACCAGCUUCGCGGAUCGGUUCCGGAUUGCGAUAGCGAGGUCGAUGAUGCUGUCUUCGGCAGCUUCACUCACGAAAACCGCUUUCCCUCUGCUGUUUAGCGUGAACGCGCUGUCGCCGCAGUUGUUGCUCAACUUCGACUCGAGUCUCACCGGAGGCGGAAGCAGUCAGGGAGGCGAUCCGAUCGACGCGUUUCGGUUCUUCAAAGAGUUUGGCACCACGGAUGACUCCUGCGCGAUCUGGGAAGGAGGGGUGGACUUGGGU